CAAAAAAAAAAUAAAUAUCCAUUAUCAAUUUUUUUUAAUCGCAUUAUUCGCGUCGGCUGAUUAUUAUCAUUUCAAGAGUACGUAGGAAACAAUGACUCGGAGGAUCAACAGCAAAUGAAAGACUGAAAAAGUGUCCCAUAUGAAAAUUAUUUUGUGCGCACGUGUUGAAAGUGUAUUAAACAAAAAAGAAAUAUCAGCGGAUGAAAAAUCAGAUAAACGCCAAAUGUCCGUAAAAUGCGUUUGAAUCGUUUGAAUUCAUGUGAAUAAUGAGAUUCAUUCAAAUAUAUAAAUACGUUUGUGACGGUGUAACGCGUUUCAGUCAUGAACGCGGAAAAGGAAAAAAAAAUAAAGUUAUUUGUAUUUCUCAAUUAUUCUCUCGCUAAAUCUCCUACCUUCUAAGUUUUCCCAAAAUAAAUACUUUAUAAAUAAACACAGAUGAAUAUUUAUAUAAAUAAUUUCUAACCCCAAAAAUUCAUGUGACUGUGAAUUAAUUGACUCGAAAUUUUAAUUGAAUUAUAACGAUGGAAGACAAGAAGAGGAAAUGGAAUAAGUCCUGGGGGUGUCAGAAGAAGUCUAAGCAAUUGUACAUCGACGUGGGUAUGACUGGAUUUCUGUGCACUUGCAAUUUUAAGGAGAAAGAGUGCAUCAGAGAUGCCUACAGACUCCUCGAGUCAUUUUGCAGUGAAAAAAAUUCAGUGCCAGAAAAACCCGAGACUGUCGAUGAAAAUGUGGAGGACGAGGACAUUUCUGAUGCCCUGAACAAGGAAAUCCAGGCACUCAGUGCACAAGGCAAAAAACCCAACGAAAAGAACUUCCAAUACAUUGACACUGGAGUUAAGAACGUCAUCUUCAUGCGUUCAACACUGGCAGAUCCUCUGGAGCUCGCCACGAGGAUAAUCCAUCACCUGGACGAGACUAAAGAGCCUCGGAGUAGAUUUAUACUGAGACUUAUUCCAGUCUUGGGCAUUUGCAAAGCCAAUAUCGAAGAUAUCAAGGCAAAAGCCAAUGAUUUAAUCGACAAAUACUUCGUGCAAGAGCCCAAGACUUUUGCUAUUGUCUUCAACCGACACUACAAUAAUUCAGUGCAGAGGAACGACGUAAUCGAGGCCCUGGCAGCUCUGAUAGCAGAGAAAAAUCCAGGGAACAAAGCAGAUCUGAAAAAUCCUGAGAUUGCUCUUGUUGUGGAGAUUAUUAGAGGACACUGUCUCCUGUCAAUUGCCCCAGAGUACUUCAAGUACAGGAAAUACAAUUUGACAGAAAUUUGUGUGGUAAAAGAAGAAGGGGAGAAAGUUAAGAAUGAGACUGAGGCGAAAGAAGAAAUUACUGAGGAAAAAGAAGAAGAACCUCCAGAGGUUCUCAAAGCUGAUGACGAAGCCCUGGAGAUUAAAUAAUUUUUAUUUAUCGUUCUAUUUUUCUAUUUUUUCUAUUUUUGAGAACAUAAACUGUCCAAGUCCUCUGAAUAAUUUUUAUUUUUCGUUUAAAUUCGUCGUACUCGUGAAAAAAUAAGAAUUUAUGUUUUAUUUUCGCUCUAAUUUGUUUCUUUUUCUGAGGACCAGUAUUUUUGCUAAUUUACGAGUUGAUUCUUGUACUAAGAGCUGACGAAAGACUAAUAAAGAUAAUAUUUGAUUCAUAA